CCCUCCAGCUGGCGCGCCAAAUCGACGUGCGCGUCUCGUGACGAACCUGUCGGAGCCUGUCACCGUUUCCAUCGAUUUUGCGUACAACAAUGACGUCAGAUAAUUAAUUCUCACCCAAACAUUGCACAAAUUCGACUUGGCAGCGUAAAACCGGCCGUUAAAGGCCCCCCCCUGCGGAGAGACCGAGGUAACGCAUCGUCGUUCGACGCGCGCGACCGAUAUAUCACGAGAGGUUGUCCCUGACGUGGCGCGCGGCUCCGUCGCGCUGCGGGCCUUAAUUGUUUUUCACGGGAUAAAUUAACACCGGGACGAUUGCAGGAAAUUAAAAAUGGCCACUGCCCCUUUGAUUCUGGUGGAGGAGGAUGUUGAGCGGGGCGGCAAGGAGCAGUCCGAGCACGAGAUACAGGACGACUUCGCCUACAGGAACAACGUGCACAAUGCGGACAUCAAGAUACGAAUGGGCUUCUUGCGGAAGGUUUAUGGUAUACUGAGCGUUCAGAUCCUGAUGACGGUCGCACUGGCUUCAGUAUUCGUCAUCAGCUCGACCGUGAAAUUAUACGUGCAGAACAACGUAUGGACCAUGGGUUUGGCGUUUUUCCUGACAAUGGGAAUCUUAAUUGCAUUGAUGAUAAAGAGGAAGGACCAUCCCGCCAACCUGAUCCUCUUAGGCUCAUUUACGCUGGUGCAGGCGUACACCGUCGGCGUCGUAGUGUCCAUGUACGACACCACGGUCGUCCUGGAGGCUCUGUUUAUAACUCUGACAAUUUUGAUCACCUUGACGGCUUACACUUUUCAAACCAAGCGGGACUUCUCAUUUUUAGGAUUUGGAUUGUUCAUUGGACUCUGGUGCCUUAUCCUCGGUGGUGUGAUGCAGAUCUUCAUUCAGAGCACCACAAUGGAGUGGGUCAUAAGCGUCGGAGGCGCACUGUUAUUCUGCCUGUUCAUAAUUUUUGACACGCAAGUUAUAAUGCACACGCUCUCGCCCGAGGAGUACAUCUUGGCGACGAUUAACAUCUAUCUGGAUAUAAUCAAUCUGUUCUUACAUAUACUACGGGCACUUGCUAUUUCGAGGCAGUAAGCAGUAUUACUACGUUCAUCGGAAUGUUAGACGCGAAGAACGGGUCGCUCUAUAGAUCAUAUAACGUGUAUACGUUAUGUACACAUAUGUUAUAUGCAUUGUGGUGUGAAUUCCAGGUCUAUACAAUAAGCUUCUAUUUUUUAUCAAGUACUUCUAGCCCUAGAAACAUAAUUUAGGCUGGUGAUCCGUUUGUCGUACAAGAUUUUCGUGUAUGUUAACCGGAGAAAGUGGAAAGGUCUUCGAGUAUCUAGAAAUAUUCUACCCUGCAGCCAAUCGACAUGGAGCUAGAAAAAUCGAUCGUACGACGAAUGUAAUGUCAUCCUAAGGGACAGAGCACAAAGUAACGUGAUAGCUUACGACGAAGACGCGAGCGUAAACGUAGAUAGUGCACAAGCUUUGGCGCAAAAGUAACGCCAUGUGUAAUUCGAGGCAAGUACGACUACGUUUAAGCUUGCUUUGUGCUCGGACCCUUAGGCUAAUAUUACAUUUGUCGUACGACAAAGCUUUAAGCGUGGGGGAUUGGCUGCGAGAUAAUAUGAUUCUCGAGUAUCUAUAAGUUUUCUAUUCGGCAGCCAAUCGACACGCUUAAAAAAUUUGUCGUAUGACAAACGUAAUGUUAGCCUUAAGGUGCUGUUUUUAGUGUCGAAUAUAAGGAACUAUUUGUGAAUAAGAGAUAAAUUUGCAAGUUCUGUUUUUAAAUAUUUUAUUGUGACAAACGCAAAAUAUAUCAAAAUUACGACGUU